AUGAGAGCUAAAGGUUUCAACUCGAGAGUCUCGUUUAUCACAGCGGUGAGUUUGCAUGGGAUCGUUUUCGGAUCCGGGUUCAUGUCGUUUACUGAUUUGAAGAACGCUCUUCUCCAUUUUUACUGUGUUUGGUGGAGGAUCAAUGAUGCUCGGAAGUUGUUCGACGAAAUGCCGCAGAGGAUUGAUGUUGUUUCGUUUGGUACUUUGACUAAUGGGUGUCUUGAGGUUUCUAAAGCCUGCAUUGGCUCUGGAUUGGUUCAGGGAUAUGCGGAAAAGCUGGGGUGA